CACACUGUAGAUACCAACAAUGACUGCUGACAGGUGGAUUUUCCUUUUAGCCCUUUGCUUCAUGUGUGUGUCUUCAAAUGAUGAAGAGUACUGUGAGAUUAUAAACGAGUACUUUGAGGAGUACAUUUCGGAUUCUGGUAUCCAGCAGCAUUUUUGUAAGACGCACAAACUUAGCGCUCCACUUGGCUCCUCUGUGCUCCUACCAUGCAACUUUUUAAAUAGUAGCCUCAACUGGGUGUCAUGGGCCCACAUUCCUGGGGAGGACCUGGUCCACCUCACAUCUAAAGGCCGUAUUAAGUUCCUGGACCCCAGAAACGGCCGGGUGAAAGCCUUUCCAAACCAGGGCUUAGAGGGCAACUACUCCAUCUGCAUCGAUGACCUUAAAAACUCUGACCUGGGGUGUUAUCGCUGUAGGCAUGGACAAGACUGUCUGCAAGUGGUAUUGGUUACUGAAUCAGGUGCACUGAACGAAGAGAUGAGGCUACUGAUUUACAUCUGUGUUGGUGGCGUUGUUUUCUUCCUGCUUAGUGUCGGAGGCUACUUCUGCAUGAAAGGCAUAUUGCUCUGUAAUAACAGAACACAGGACAAUACGAACAAUCCUGCAGGUAUUGAGGGUGUCACUGCUCCACCUGAGAAAACAGCCCGAGUGCCAGUACAUGAACAGCAGAGAGGAGCAGAAAAUCUUGUUUAUGAAAAUGAUGACCAAGACCCAGCCAACCAGCAGGGUGACCCCACCAGAAAUCAUAUCAGUCCACCAGGAGUUCUGCCUGAUUUGGACAGGACUCAGCCCACCCAAAGCAUUUAUCCAAGCUUGAACCAGUGUCACCCUGAGAGGAUGGAAAAUCAGCAAACUAAACACAGAUUUCAUACAGAACUCUUCAGCAGAUUACGUCAAGCAAGUCUCAGUCGGCAUUAUUAUGUUAACCAAUCUGAAAUCAGCAAGCAACAAGCCACGUCAACUCAGGCGGAGAAUCAUCGCAGAGGAGGUCCCGGGAAGAAGAAAGCCAAAGAAAACUGUGAAUACAAAAACCCGAUUUACAACAGGAGCACGGACCAGCUCAACCAACUGUAACGAAGAACAGAGUUUAAACAGCUGUCAAGAUAUUUUCAGUGUCAACAUCCUUUCACAAUGAUACUUAUUGACAUAAAUAGCUUAAACUUGAUACAUGUCUUAUUGUAUUUGUUUGUUUUAUAAUUGCACUGUAUUUCAACACCUGUACAUCUAAUAGACAAUGAGUGCUGUUUAGUAAAGUUCAUCAAAUAAAGAUCAAAUCAAGAA